CUUGCCCUUUAAUAUUAUGUAAAUCUGCCCUCACUUUGAAACGAUUGAACCAACCCCUACUCAUAAGAAAUUCUUCCUCACAAUCACCUUCACUUGUUGCACAUGCAGGUUUUAAAUCCCCGAAAAGACUUCGAGCCUUUUCUUGCACUAAAGUAAGGCUAGAUAAGAACUGUACACACCUGUUCCAACUUACCUACAAAUUCUUAAAUACAUACUUAGGAACGGAUCUCAUUUGUAACCUGGGGACUGCUGGCGGCAUUCACCAUCUCUCAGGUGACAAUGAGAACAGGAAGCGGGGCUGGGCUGCUGUCCCCGCCCCACCUGCUCCCAACAUGAAAACUUCCUGUGAUGAGAACGGAAACACAGGUGCUGUCCCCAGUAGCCCCAGAGCCUGGGCAGAGGGGAGCCAUGGUUGGGCCCCAGCCCCUGGCUCUACUCUUGGUCCUGCUGACCCUCUGUCUCAGUACUGGGACCCCUGAGGUGUGGGUGCAAAUUAAGAUGGAGGCCACUAAGGUCCCAUCCUUCACUAUCCGCUGUGGAUUCCUGGGAUCAGGCUCCAUUUCCCUGGUGACUGUGAGCUGGGGGGGGCCAGAUGUUGCCGGAGGGACCAGGCUGGCUGUGCUGCACCCUGACUUCGGCACACAGCAGUGGGCCCCUGCUCAUCAGGCCCACUGGGAAGCCAGAACCAACAUCUCCCUCACCCUUGGAGGGUCAGAGGGGAAAAGCCCCAGUCCCAACAGCACCUUUUGCUGCAAGUUUGUGUCCUUCCCUGAGGGCUCCCAGGAGGCCUGUGGGAACCUCCUUCUCAGCACAGACCAAGGUAGGUCUGAUGAGGAGAGGGGUCCAGGGAGGGAAGGGAAGGAUUCAGGGACUAGGGAUGGCAGAGAGGGGCUCAUGGACCCUAGCUGCCCAUCUGGUGCAUCUCUCUCUGUGGCAGAUCUUCCUGCCCCUACUCCAGCCUCCAUUCUGAGGGCACACCUGGCCGGGAUCUUUGGGGUCUCAGGGGUCCUCCUCUUUGGUUGUAUCUUCCUCCUGCACCUGCUUCAGCAGAGGCAUUGGUCUGUCCCUAGGCUUCUGCCACCCCACACCAGCCCCUGGACACAAAGGCGAGCUCAGCCUGCUGGCCAGACCUCCCGGGCCUCCCUCCACAUCCCCUACACCACCGUCAACACUAACUACUUCUGCCCAGCAGCCCUGGAGAUGGCCCACCACCACCAGCAACUCUCCCGGUGGCCACCGCUCCCCAUUCCCACCACAUCCCAGACCCAGGCACUGGCCCCCUGGGCACCCCUGCCUGCGUCCGCCCACAGCAGUUUCAUCUCUGUUGAGAAUGUACUCUAUGCUCAGGCAGGAGGGAGCCCUCCUCACUCUGGCCCAGGUAGCCCCAACCUCAUCCCAUUCCCUGACCCUCUGGAGCCCAAGCCACGGAGGAACGCUUAGUUCAAUAAGGGAGGCCCCAAGUCCACCCGGCUUUCCUUGUCUCCCAGGCCUCUGGAACUUGCCAUCUGGUGGGAGUCUUGUUCCUGGGCUCCUGACAUUUUUGCACAUCAUGUUUUACUCUUAGUCUCCAUGACGUGUCACCACGCAUACACAACCAGAGCCCACUUGCUGCGGAUGUGGUCAGUGUGUGCACGUGUGUGCUUGUGAUAUGACAGCAGCCCAUCCCAAGUUGUUUCCUGUUUUGAACACUUCCCCAGCCCUCAAAAUUAAGUCAGCAAAAUGGUUUGUCUGAUUUGGGCCUUGGCUGUGCUUUUUUGUUAUGUAGGGGGGUAAGGUGUGGAUAAGAGGUUAGAGGCAAGUUCAACCCCUGGGAGGCAAGGGCCAAAUUAGACCCAGGUGAGAGGGGACCUCAGCGUGAGGGCCCAAGGAGAGGGCAGAGAGUCCCAAUUUCAGCCAUCUUUCCCCACCCCCCGGAUGGUUUUUUCUAGGCCUUUGGGGCUGGAGCAGCAGUGCCAAGGCAGGGGGCCUUCCUAGCUCUGCAGAUCUCACUGAGGGCCACCAGGGGCUGGGCAGGCAGGACCAAGGGCUUGGUGGGCUCAGGAUGCUCCGCACUCAAAUGUCUCCACAUUCUUGGACAGCAGCAAGGGCUCCCGGGGCAGGAUGUGGUCAUGGCAGGAGUCUCAAUCCCAGAAAGGUCCCUGUGGUCUGACCUGACAUCCCUCUGACAGGGAUCCCUGAGAUGGCCUGAGGGUGGGGGCCUGAUGCCCUCCUUCCACAGAUAGACUUUUAUUGGGGGGAGCCCACCUCACACCUGCCCACAGUGACUUCCUCCCACUUCUCUUCUGCAACAAGGGUACCAGGAACUACUUCCUGUUGGUCACUUGAGGGGCAGGCAGAGAGGCCCGCUCAGACACAUGCUCACCUACCCACCAAUCUUCUAUCCAGCAGUCUUUGCCACAUGAGACAACUUGAGUGAGAGGGCUUUGUAAGCUUCGAGCCUGCACAGGAACAUGGUGGAUUCUGGUGGCAAGAGGGCAAUGUGAUCUUGAAGCAGGAUGAAUACCCUCUAUUAGCGUGGAUACUUGCAAGGAUGCAGGAGAGGGAGGGACACCUGCCUCUUGAUCCCUUCUUUGGUUCUGCAUGUGGGAAAUCCCAGGUGGUGCCUGGCUCAGGGAGGGCCUGCCUGGAGGCUGUCCAACCAGACUCCUCUGGCAAUCCAGUCUGCUUCUGAGUGGACCCAACCCCAUCCAGCCACCAGAUCUAUACUGGGCUGGGGGGAGGUGAACCAGGCAGGGCGGAGGGGGUGGUUAAGGGGUCCUGGGGCCCUGCCUUCCUUAGCUAGUGACCAUUGUCAUCCUCUGAGAAGCCAUCAGCACUGGCCUAGUGAACUCAGUGGUCUCUGCAGGACUGGGGACUUAAAGGGGGACAGGAAGAUGCUGCUGAGGUCCCCAAGGCAGGACAGAGAGGCAGCGUCAGGGAGGGAAAUGUCAGUGAGAGAAGAGGUGAACGAGGGCCCAGCAGCCUUGGGACCAUGUGAGGACCAGGGACAGGGUGUGGGGGAGAUGGGGCUGCAGAGGUCCCAGGGGAAGCCUUGGCGGAUCCCCAGGAAACUUAGCUUCUCUAAGAAGAAAAUGUUCAUGGAAUAAGGAGAGACCGCAGAUCUCCAGCCCACCCUCAACCGAGAGGAGGGAUGUGCCCUGGCCUGAGCCUUUCUUCCGCAGCUCAGAAGGCCAGGCUGGCCCCUGUGGUACUCGAAGCCAAGGAUCCGGGGAACCUGGAAGUCUCCCCACAGUUGGCCUGAUCCCCUCUGCCCAGAUCCAAAUGCCAGAGCCAGCAGUCACCGAUAGGAGCCCCUGAGAGACUGAAGCUGUAGAGGUGUGACCGUGGGGGUGUAGCGUGUGGGGGUGUGUCGGUGGGUGGUGGCUAGACUGCAGAUCAGGAGAGGCCCUAGUCUCAGUCUCCAAGCCCCCUUUUCGGAACGCAAUCUCUGCUCAUUCAACGCAUGUGGAAAUUGAAGCCCAAAGAGAAACACGACUUGCCCAAGGGGACAGAACUGGGUCAGCACCAGCAACUCCACACCUCCCUCCCCUUCAGCUACCGCGGGCACCCAGGGCAAGCCUGGGUUGGAAUCCCACUGGCUGAGUGACUCCUGGGCCCUUACUUAGCCUCUCCGAGGCUCACUCUGCUCAUCAGGUACUUUAGGGUGAGGGGAGAGUGAAGAGUGUAAGCCCGGGAGAGUCCUAAGUACUAAGCGACUUCGCAUGGAAUGUCUUAUUUAUGAUUUACACCACCCCCAAGAGGUAGGUGUUAUUAUUAAGUACGUUUAACAGAUGCGUAGCCUGAGGUUCAGAGAGGCUCAAUAAC